AUGGAGUAUGGUCUUGAUCCAACAAUUGGGAAAGCCAUUAUGCAAGCAGCUGAGGGAAAGCUCAAUGAUCAUUUUCCCCUUGUUGUUUGGCAAACUGGUAGUGGCACUCAGAGUAACAUGAAUGCCAACGAGGUCAUUGCUAACAGAGCAGCUGAGAUUCUUGGUCGCCAACGUGGUGAAAAAUGUGUCAACAGAUCCCAAUCUUCUAACGACACUUUCCCUACUGUAAGCUUUUUCUUUCAAUUGCUUGCGCUGUUUGUUGUUCCUACUAAUUGUCAUGCACAUACCGAGAUUAAUUCAAGGCUCAUCCCUAGUUUGAAAACUUUGCAUUCCACUCUCGACUCUAAGUCCUUGGAGCUCAAAGAUAUUGUGAAAAUUGGAAGAACUCACACUCAAGAUGCUACUCCUUUGACUCUAGGACAAGAAUUCGGCGGUGGCUAUGCUACUCAAGUUAAGUAUGGGCUUAAUAGGGUCACAUGCACUUUACCUCGCCUCUAUCAGCUUGCACAAGGUGGAACUGCUGUUGGAACAGGAUUAAACACCAAGAAAGAAAGGGUUUGACGUAAAGAUAGCUGCUGCAGUAGCCGAAGAAACAAACUUGCCGUUUGUCACUGCGGAAAACAAGUUCAAAGCUCUGGUUAG